AUGCCGCUAGGUCGUCUUUCGAUGAGCAAUAUCACCUUUUACAACGUCGACGAUAAUGAUCCCCGUAUCCGUUAUUCCGCCGGUUGGCAUUCGGUGCAGAAUGAGAAUACAUAUAACGGCACCCUGCACUAUACGACGGAGGCGGGCGCCACGGUCACAUUGAUAUUCACAGGGAUACAGGUCGGCGUUAUAGGCUGCGGAGGGGAUACGGAGCAGUAUGGGUCGCCGACCGAGUUAGUCGUUAUCGACGGCACGUCCUACAACACCGACAGCAACUUCGAUCCAGACCCAAAGGUCCAGGGCUGCACCCUGCAGUUCUUCGGGUCGCCGACACUCCCCCUUGGCGAGCACACCAUCGUGGUGACCAACAUCAACGGAACAACUCCCACUACGUUCUUCUUCGACAACUUCUGGGUCGUACCUGGCAAUGGCACCGAUGCUCAGUCUUCCAAGUACGUCUCGAUCUCUCGCACGCGCACCACCUUCGGCAAGCUCAUCCGCAAGCAGUAUAGGCUCCACAUCAAGCCAUACUGCGGCGAUUGUGGGCGGGGCGGUGGGCGGGGCGGUAGGAGUCCUACUCCUGGCAGCACUGGGCUACUGCUUCAUGCAGCGCAGGCGAUCUCGGGUCCAGCAAGAUUCUCGAGGCGAUGGUAUGUAUCUGGCUUCAAGUUCAACUCUAUCGUGGAGGGCGCCUUGACCAGCCCGGUCCUUGGGGGACAUGUGCCGAGUUUGUCGAUGCGGGAAGCCCCCGCUUCGAUGCUCUCCUCGACCCCGCUGCUGACACCUGCGACUCGGAAACGAGGCAUGGACUCCGUGCAGGAAUCCAUCGUUACAUCUGCGCCUAACUCCAAUUCAAGUUCGGCACACCAGCAGGAGUAUAGACUGUCGCCCGGGCCUAUUCUCACCCCAGAUACUUCUGUCUUCUCAGCACCAUCCGGGACAUCUUCACUAUCCUUCGAUACACAUCCCACAUCGUUCGCGUCGGGUUAUCAAGAAGCUGCCAAUGCGAUGCACGACCAACCGCUUCUGUCGCAUAAGCUCGACUCCGUCUCCCCUCCCCCAUAUUCCCAGUAG